UCAUGUGUGUAGUCACGUGAGCAGCGACCCAAGCUCCCAGCUUCAGUCGAGCAGUCGCACAAUCCACAUUGUCGCUGUUGUGUGCGCUAACAUCAACUGGGUCCCCCCACCGGGUGCAUCGACGGAAGUCAUGACUGAAAGUUGGACAUACCCAAAGGCCAGACGAGACGAGACGGUAGCAGAUGACUACCACGGCACUCUAGUGUCCGAUCCCUAUCGUUGGCUUGAAGAUCCUGACUCGGAAGAGACGAAAACGUUUGUGGAAGCUCAAAAUGCCAUUAGCCUGCCGUUUAUCAGAGAGACACCUCUGAGAGAGCGAUUCCAUGCGAGGAUGACUGAGCUGUAUAACUUUGAGAGGUAUGGAUGCCCGAGUAAACACGGAGACAGAUACUACUAUUUUUACAACACGGGACUACAGAAUCAUAAUGUCAUGUAUUGCCAAGAUUCGCUUGUAUCCGAGGCUCGAGUCUUUCUCAAUCCCAACGAAUGGUCUGAUGAUGGUACAAUUGCACUGAAGGUAUAUAAAUUUUCUGAAGAUGGGAAACUGUUUGCAUUUGGAAAGAGCUCGAGUGGGUCUGACUGGAUAACAAUACAUGUUAUGAACGUUGACACUGGUCAUCAGCUGUCUGAUACACUCCAAAAUGCAAAAUUUACGUCCAUGGCAUGGACACACGACAACAAAGGUUUUUUCUACAGCAGAUACCCCGAGUCGUCAUCCAAAUCAGAUGGCACCGAGACAGACAUCAAUCUUAACCACAAGUUGUAUUACCACGUGGUCGGAACAGAGCAGCAUGAAGAUAUUUUGUGUUGUGAAUUUCCUGAUAAUCCAAAGUGGAUGAUUGGAGCGGAAGUGACUGAUGAUGGGCAUUACCUUGUGUUGGGGAUUUACGAAGGGUGUGAUCCUGUCAAUAGAUUGUAUUACUGUGAUCUCACAUUGUUGAGCGGCAUCAAAGGCAUUCUUCCCUUUGUCAAGCUUGUUGAUAACUUUGAUGCUGAAUAUGAGUACAUAUGCAAUGAUGGCACUCUAUUUACAUUCAAAACCAACCUCAACGCUCCGCGAUAUAAACUUAUCAACAUUGAUUUCAAUAAGCCAGAAAUGGAACACUGGAGCGAUAAGGUGGCAGAGCAUGAGAAAGAUGUGUUGGAAUGGGCUACAGGCAUAAAUCAAAAUCGUCUUGUGCUUUGUUAUCUGUCUGAUGUGAAGAAUGUGUUACAACUGCAUGACAUGUCAACCAGCAAACACCUCAUAACAUUUCCACUUGAAGUUGGGACGGUUUGCGGAUUCAGUGGGAAACGUAAACACUCAGAGAUGUUCUAUCACUUCGUAUCUUUCUUGACUCCAGGCAUCAUCUACCAUUGUAAUUUUACUGACAACGACAUCAAGACAACAGUGUUUCGUCAGAUUACUGUUAAGGGGUUUGAUCAGUCACAAUUCCAGGUUGUCCAGGUCUUCUAUCCAAGUAAAGAUGGUGUCAAAGUUCCAAUGUUUAUUGUUCAUAGAAAGGACUUGAAGUUUGAUGGACAGUCGCCUGUGUUUCUGUAUGGGUAUGGUGGAUUCAAUGUGUCUCUUACUCCGGGAUUUAGUGUCACUCGUGUUAUUCGGAUGCAACACAUGGGAGGAGUGAUAGCUGUUCCAAACUUGAGAGGUGGCGGUGAGUAUGGUGAGACAUGGCACAAGGCUGGUAUGCUAGCAAACAAGCAAAACGUUUUUGAUGAUUUUCAGUCUGCCGCAGAAUAUCUCAUUGAACAUAAGUACUCAUCAGCAGACAAAAUGAUAAUUAGUGGUGGCUCGAAUGGAGGUCUCUUGGUUGCUGCUUGCUCUAAUCAAAGACCAGAUCUUUUCAAGUGUGCGAUAGCACAUGUUGGAGUGAUGGACAUGCUUCGGUUUCAUAAGUUUACAAUCGGCCAUGCAUGGACAACAGAUUACGGCUGUGCUGACAAACCAGACAACUUCAAGUACCUCAUAAAAUAUUCUCCACUUCACAAUGUAUCAGUUGGUGUGCAUGAUGCACAAUACCCUGCUGCAUUGUUACUGACUGCUGAUCAUGACGAUCGAGUCGUUCCAUUGCAUUCGCUGAAGUUGAUAGCCACGUUGCAGCAUACAUUAGGAAAUUCUGAGAAACAGGUCAAUCCAUUGAUGAUUUUGGUUGAUAUGAAAUCGGGGCAUGGAGCCGGCAAACCAACAGCCAAAGUUAUUGAUGAAAAUUCGGACGUCAAUGCAUUUGUAAGUCGUGUUGUUGGCAUUGAGUGGACAGAAUGACGUAACUGAGCAGAGUCCUUCUCAAUGUGUCUCUGAAAUGAAUAACCAAACUUCUUAUUUAUUGCUUUGUUUUGAGUGUUGGAACUCAUAAUGCGAUAAUUACAUGCACAUUUGUGUGGCUAGCAGUCAUAGCAUUGAGCAGUGAAACAAUAUUGUGUGCGACCCACAUUGACUAUUUGCUGAAA